AUGGAAAAACUAGAAUACCUCACCCUCACAGACGCACCGCUCACAAUCUCCUCUCUCCCCGUCGAAAUCCUACGAAAUAUCAUCGAUCAAGUCGUCCUCUCGACAGGCUUCUACGCUGCCCUGGAGGUCCGUCUUGUCAAUAAACUAUUCGAUAUCAUCGUACUAGAUUCCGUUCUCGAUACCGAUCGUGAUUCCCAUUUAGACACGGGAUCUUUAGAUAUAACCCCGGAUCUAGCAUAUACAGCUCUUUACCGUCGAGUAGUCGAUACCGCCACUCGUUUACCCCUCCUCGUCUCAAAGAUCCGGAGCUUAACCACAAAGAUCCAUGAAUAUGAACCAUCUCUCCCUAUCGACGGGAUCCGAGAAGCACUUUGUUGGACGGCAAUACUAGAAUGUGGUGGUGUAGCCAUAUUCAACUGGCGAAAAGGUGGGUUCUACACCAGUAUCAACAAAAAGCAUGACAAGAUAAACCAAGAGAUACAAAAAACCGAUAAAGAGGACGAAAAAUGGAUGGAUUGGUAUCUAUCUUCGAUUUACGCCUAUUCACACGACUUUGAAAACUUGACGAGAAUCUAUGAAAGAGCCGAGGAAAAAGGAAAACCUGUAGAUCUUGACUGCGAAAGUGUGGUUUUCGGAACUAUUCCUAUCAUCGCUGCGAGAUAUGGAACAGAAGAGAUGGCGAUAUGGGCAUACGAUCAUAGCACAGUAUGUAAACCAAAAGGUCCCGUUCGACAAGAAUUCAUACGAUAUACCGCUUUAUUCGGCAGAAUCGGAAUAAUGAAACACUUAGUCGAAGAAAAAGGUGAUAGGGAUGAGAAAUACCUUGCAUUCACAGAUACUCCGAAAUGGGCCACCAGUUUUGGACAAAUCGACCUAUUGAAAUGGCUGAUAGCAGAUGCCUGGAUGGUAUUUGAGGAUGUUUCCAAAGAAGCGAAGUAUAUCUUCCUAGCUGCUUGUACGCAUGGAAAUACAGAGAUCGCGAGGUGGAUUGUCGAAGAGGAGGAGUUCGAGCCGGAACCUGGGGAGAAGACAAAAUCGUUGAGACAUGGAAGACCCUUGUGUUUAGCGACACAAAGUGGGAAUGUGGACAUAGUAUCGUGGUUAUUAGGCCUCGAAAAUAUGGGGACAAAAGAUGAGAUGCUCUUGUCUUUCAAAUGGGCUAUGAGGUAUGCAGGGCUAGAUAUGGUCAAGCUGUAUUUCGAGAAAGGGCUUCCAAUUGACCCUAGUCAAAAUGAUUGGGUGGGCGGUAAAGUUGUAAAGGCAGCUAUUGACGCUGGGAGGAAAGGGAGAGCAGAACAUCUCAGGUGGGUUAUGGAGAAUGGAGUGGUAUUCAAGGGAGGCGAUGAGCAUGCUGUAGUGUAUAAGACAGCUGAAGGAGGGAGCCUCAAGUGUUUGAAGGUGCUAAGAGACCUGUUAGAGGGGUAUGAAACUAUCGCGAAAGAAGAAAUACAGAACGCCUGGGAUGUUAAAGACAGGCGGGCUGUUGAGACACUAUUAACAGAUGGGGUCGAAAAACCAAAAGGCUUCUGUGAGAAUACAUUAAACGGCUUGAAAUACCAGGUACGGGUAGUAUCAACAUCCAACUGGUCAAGGAAGAAGUGGGGUUAUUGGCCAUACCUGUGGAACUAUUCCACUCAUUUUUAA